AAGAGAGAUAAAUAUAGAGAGGCAGUGUUGUGUGUCGGUGGAUUAUUUUUGGUUUUCCUCACGAAACCGAUUUUUGAGGAAUAAAACUAAAAACAGCCAUAUCAAACCAACCUCAUAAUUCUCUCAUGGACGGCGGCGGCGGCAGCGGAGCACCGAGAGUCUCGAGCCGGCGGCGGAGCGAGAAGCCGUAUAAAGGCAUCCGGAUGCGCAAGUGGGGGAAGUGGGUGGCCGAGAUAAGGGAGCCCAACAAGCGAUCUAGAAUCUGGCUCGGCUCCUACUCCACCGCCGUCGCCGCCGCGCGCGCCUACGACACCGCCGUCUACUACCUCCGUGGCCCCACCGCUAAACUUAACUUCCCCGACCAAAUCGCCGCGAUCGGCGGCGCCCUCAACGACCUCUCCGCCGCCUCAAUAAGGAAGAAGGCGGCCGAGGUCGGCGCCAGAGUCGACGCCGCCGCCAAUCCUCAGUCGCUGAAACCGUGUUGGUUUCAUGAAGAGAUCGAUCUGAACAAGCAGCCCGAACCCGAAGACUCCGAGCUUGACUACUAUAGCUCAUAGUAAUUGUAAUUGUUACUACUACAAAUAACUUUUUUUUUUAUUACUUUUGUUUAAUAUUUUUUUUAAUAUUUAGGGAAGGGGUGUGAUGAUAACAUGCACCUCGUAGUUGAGUAAUCUGUUUAGAUUUAAUGUUUUGAAUUUUUUGUAUAUUAUUAUUGGUAGAUUUUGAUUUAUUUUUUUAUGGUACUAUUGUGUAUGGCGUUUUAGUUGAGUAAAAGAAAAUUAAUGUAAAUAUGUAGAGAAUUAAUUGAGGAAUUAGCAUGUGAGGGUUGAUGA